AGGAGAAUGGCAAAUGGCACAACAAUAAGAGUCUUUGCAGGCCUUGGCUUACUAAUAAUACCACUACCUCUAAAUCUUCUUGCAUGUAUAUAUAGCUGAGUACAGAGAGAUUUCAAGGUAGAAAUCAGAUGGGGAAGGCAAGCAAAUGGCUUAGAAACCUCUUGACCGGAAAAAGGGCGGAUAAAGAUAAGAAACAAGAUGCUUCUUUCUCCUUAACAGACUUUGAGCUACCCACAGGUUCUCCUGAAACUCCCAACCAGAAGAGAAGGUGGAGCUUUGGAAAAUCAAUUGCGAAAACAGAUAAUAACAAUCAAAAGACUAGUAGAUCACUUGAUGCUGCAGCCAGUAAGAAGUUAGUGCCGCGAGACUUGCUGGAGUGUUGGAGUCAGCAAAACCAAGGUGCAAAAAAAUCACUGACAUGUUUCGUAGAAGCAAAGUAUGGGAAUGAGCAGAAAAUUACCAGUACCAUCCUUGUGCCGCGCAAUCAAGGUAGGCAGACAGUACGAUUCAGAGCCCUUCAAGAUGCUGCUGCCACCAAAAUUCAAGCCUUUUUUCGCGGCAACCUGGCGAGGACAGCAUUGAAAGCUUUGAGGGGACUGGUGAAGAUUCAAGCAUUAGUAAGAGGUUAUUUAGUGAGAAAACAGACAAGUGAGAUGCUAAGGUGCAUGAAUGCAUUGAUGUCGAUUCAAGUUAGAGCGCGAAUUCAGAGAAUGCAGAUGGCUGAGGAACCACACAUAGUUGUGAAAAGAAACAUAACUCACAUUGAACCAACACAUGACCAGCUAAGAAGAGGAGACUCUGAACCUCUGAGUCUUGGCAAAACAGCGGGAUCAUGGAGGCAUAAAGACCUUGCAAGUCAUCGGCAGAUGAAAACCAGGGAGCAUGAGUGCAGGACCAGCUAUUCAGAAAGAAUAUCAGUUUCGAAUCAAGAACAUCCAUCUCUUCUAUACCAAACUCAGUCACCACUCACAGACACAUCGUCUAGACAGUCCGAGAAAUUUUCAUAUGGAACACCUGAUAGAAUAUUCCAUCAAGAAUAUAAUUUGUCUAGUUUUGACCACAGAAAAGUACCACAGUCACCUUCAGUAGACUACUCAGAUACCACAUCCAACAACUCUCAGUUUGUACAUAAUUACAUGGCAAACACACAAUCCUCUAGGGCGAAAGUCAGGUCGCAUAGUGAACCCAAGCAGCGGCCUUUCAAGCAAAAGACUAUGCGAUCACCAUCAUUUGGAGGUAUAGAUUCAACAGCAGAUAACAAGAAGCAAAUUCAAUCCUCAAACAGGAAGAAGAGCCAACAACCUUGGUUGAUCAAAAUUUACAGAGCUGCAAACUCUAGCAAGAAUUUCAAGAACGAAUGAACGGCAUAGGAACUAGCAAUUAAUGUUAUGCAGAAUUAUUGCUGCAGUAUGAGGAAGUAAUCAAGUAUCAAGGCUUCCCUUCACCAGAAUGGUGAGAACGUCUGAAGAUAAAUAAUUUACCACUUCAAUUCUUCA